AUGAAGAAUGCCAUCCCAAUUAUUCAUGAGAUCGAGCACAACGAGCCGUUUACAGGUAGAACAAAAGACGAGCAUAACGAGUCGUUUACAAGUAGAGCAAAAGACGAGCACAACGAGUCGUUUACAGAUCGAGCAAAAGACGAGCACAACGAGUCGUUUACAGAUCGAGCAAAAGACGAGCACAACGAGUCGUUUACAGAUCGAGCAAAAUACGAGCACAACGAGUCGUUUACAGAUCGAGCAAAAGACGAGCACCACGAGCCGUUUACAGUCCGAGUAAAAGACGAGCACAACGAGCCGUUUACAGGUAGAGCAAAAGACGAGCACAACGAGCCGUUUACAGAUCGAGCAAAAGACGAGCACAACGAGUCGUUUACAGAUCGAGCAAAAGACGAGCAUCACGAGCCGUUUACAGACCGAGCUAAAGAUGAGCACCACGAGCCGUUUACAGACCGAGCUAAAGACGAGCACCACGAGCCGUUUACAGAUCGAGCUAAAGAUGAGCACCACGAGCCGUUUACAGACCGAGCAAAAGACGAGCACCACGAGCAGUUAACAAACCGAGGAGAAGACGAGCACAACUACCUUAUAUCUGUUGUAAAGUACACAUAA